CAUGGCGGAAAAGACGAACCAGGUAACUUUUGUCAAUACCCGAUAAAAUGGACUUGAUUUACGAUGCAGUUUGGUCUACAUCAAAGCCAGUAAAUAGCAAUCCUUGUGGCAAAGUUGUUGUAGCCUGGUCCUGCAGAAACUUGAUAGCAUUCAGUACUGGUUACCGAAAGCUCGAGGUCAGUGAAGAGCAAAAUCCAAGCAGCGCCAAUGGACAAAAUGAAAGAUCACAGAUCACAAAUGGAAUAAAUAUUUUGGAUCCUGAUUGUCCAUGGGAUGUAUCCAGUUUUAGCUCUGGUCAUGAGGGUUUAAUCCAAACUCUAACAUGGGAUGGAACAGGAUCAAGACUUCUCUCAACAGACCUUGUUGGGGUAUGCAAACUCUGGGCUAUGAAGAAUCAUAUGGUAAAUGACUGGGAAUGCAUCUGUACUAUUGAUGUGGGGGAAGGAGAAAGAUUGGUUGCUAUCUCAUGGAUAGAUACUGGCAUUAAGAAUUUGUUUAGCCUGUCUGAAGAUCCCCAACAUUCUUUCAUGCACAAGAAUUUGAGUGAUCGCUUUAAGACGAAUCGAAGCAAGCCCCCUUUAGUAGAGAUUGGUGGUAUGAGAGCCAAGGAUGGCUGGGUGGCCAUAAGUGAAACUGGUCUAAUUUGUGUGACCACAAUUAAGCCAGAAGUACAAGUCACAAGGAAAUGCUUGGCUCAAGUGCGGACAAGAGUGGCUGUGGCUGAUCUGGCAUUUACUAGCAAAGGAAAAGUGAUUGUGGUGGCAAAUGAUGGGGAGCCAUGCAGUGCAGUACAGUUUUUCAGGGUUUCCUUAUCUGGUGGACCAGGAACAGAUGACUGUCAGAUCCAGUCAGAUCCUCUUCCCUGUCUGUUUCCACAUUCACCCACUGAGCCUAAAAAUUAUCCAGAUUAUCGUGUGAAAAAUAUCCAGUUUUUGUCCAAGCACUCUGGGGAAGCCCUUCUUGUUUGUACAACUGGGCCAUUUGGGAGUUGCAUCAAACGAUGGGAAAUGAGGAAGGAAACCAUACAGCUACAUGAAAGAUUUCAACAAGAAAUUACUCAUCCACGUGGAGGCAAUUACAGUGUAUACGAAUGGACCAAAGUAAAUACUUACGAUGAUCCAGCAAGGAUUGUUUGUCUCUGUCUCCCUCGCAUACCUAUUCCAAAAGUCGACAUCUCGCCAAUGAAUAAUCUGUUGACCUACCCUGCAUCGAUCUUACUGGUUCAAUACGAUGAUGAUAGACUUCAGAUGCUAAAUUGUGUUGGUCUAAUACCGAGCGGGUCUUUUCGCACAAAAAUGAAACCUUCAGCAGACAGUGAACUAGGUACCGCGCAUAAGAGAGCACGUUUCUCUGUAGCAAGCUACAACGCAGGCUGUCUGGGCGCCAUCUGUUAUUCUCCCUGCUGCUGUUGCAUGGUGGGUAUCACUAUGGCGGGAGAUAUUCGACUUUUAAAACUGCAUCAUCUUGGUGACAGUAUGGGUGGAACUCAACUGAAACGCAGCCUAACGGACCUGCUGCUUUACUCUCUACUUACCGGCUGGGAAUGGUGGGAUGUGCUAAUGGCGGCUCACAUUGGAACACCCCCAGAUACCCUCGAAGCAGUUUCAAGGCAGUUCACAGAUGAGUUCAGAAUUCAGGACAUUCCUCAGCAGCACAUUCGGUUGUCCAGGUUCCGCGCGAUCAAAGCCAGUCUGUUCAGAUGUAUGAAGGAUGGAGCAGGGCAGGCAGUAGAUUGUUAUGUGUGUCAGCUUCUGGUCGCCAUAGCAGCAGCCUUUAGAUCUCUGCUGAAAUCUUCACACACUGCUGCAGAACAACUUGCCAAGAUUUCAUCGACUUUGGAUCUCGAGGUUGACAAAGUCUUACAAGUGUUGGAUACAAAAGAGCUGAGUUUAGAUAGCACAACAGCGUUGUCAAUGUUCCCUCUCGUCCAAUGGCUGACUGACCUUGCUAUGUUUGUGGUGGUAGCUUUCACAUCUCAGCAAAAUAAGGAGUCUGCGCCCGGGGUCAGCUUGAUCCGUGACACAAAUACCCUCGGUGCCUUACGUGAAAUGCUGGUGUUGAUCCGUCUCUGGGGACAAAGCACACCCGCUGUACUGCCGUCCAUCACCCCAUCAGCAGACAAGAACGAAUCAUUAGCUCUGUUGUUCAAGAUCCUCACAAAGAUUUGGCUCCUCAGCAGGCAAGCCAGUUCAGAUGAACCUGAUAUUCAUGUAGAUGAUAGGCUGGCUGCCCCUCUGAUUCCAAAUUCAACGUCUCUUCAAAACAUGCAGAUAGGAAAUUUGAGUAGAGGAGUGUCUGGUAAAGCUGUAAGUGGAACGAUCCGGCCCAGCGUGUAUCAAUUCGGUUCACAGCCAGUGGCACACCAGUAUCAUCAGACCUUCCAUCCAUUCGCCUCAGCCAUUUUCCCGAUGCCUGCCGACGGCUCACAUGUCAUGGAUAUCGUAAGAAGGGUUUACUUGGACAAAUCACCGGAGACAAAGUUAAAACAGUGCACCAGGUGCAACUGUGUGUCCCUGGUGGAAGGGAUCAGUGACCACGCGGCAGCAAGAGCCUGGGAUCAGAGAUGGAUGAGGGCGUGUGUGUGCGGCGGCAGCUGGAGGAAGCUGCCUUACAAGGAACAACAGACUGUCGUAGCAGCCGCUACUACUACUUCUUCAUCUUCUUCCAAUGCUACAGCCCCAGUCUCCGUUAGUGGUCAAUAGAAGCAAGUUUACCUCGUAGUACACUGUUGAACCUUAAGUUUCUGUCCCUGCUUUAUGUAUACAGAAGAACGAUAAAACAACCACAACAACAAUAUCAACACCUUGAUUUGUACUUCAAUAGGUUUAGGAGAGAUUCAAAUUUCACAAAAGAAAAGAAAAAGGAUUGCAGGCCGCCUCAAAUGACCAUAUGGGGCCAGGAAGGAAGAGUGUGAAACUUCAGCAAGGAGAGUAAUGCACUAAAGACUGGUAAAGUACUAAGGAACACACACACACACACACACACACACACACACAC